GGAAAUUCCCUUGAAAUUUUGACAAACGUGAUGAGGCCCUACUCCAUUCGAUAUCGCGUGCGCGCUCACUUCAGGCUUCAUCAAGAAACGCCGCCAAAGUGCGGCUCGUCCACGGAACGAUUGGACUCCCAAGAAAUAAUAACCAUUGCGGAUGAAUAUAUCCAAACAAACUGGCUUAGGAUCUCGUACAACGCCUGACAUUCGCAACUGAUCAUCGUCAGACCCAAAGGGCAAAAGGGAAGCUCGAAAGGCAAUCCCUCGCCACAAACGAUAUGGAUGCAUGGUCGCUUCCAGUAUCAUAUUUUUGGGCAGCUGGUCGUGCAGAACUUCAGUUCAACUCAACUGAAACAUUUUUCUUGAUUAGGCCCGUUCUUGUCUUUGUGUCCGAAGCAUGGCAUGGUCCCACGAUAUGGAAUAGAGUCGUUCCCGAUUUAGAAAACCAACGAUAUCGGUGUAUUUCCGUGGCACUCCCAACCACAUUUGGGGACCCUAGCGCGGAUUUCGCCGACGAUGUCCAGGCCGUUCAAAAUGAUAUCAUCGCCGAGACCCGCACAGGACGCAACAUUGUAGUUGUGGUCCAUUCUUACGGCGGCGUGGUUGGCCAAAGCGCGAUUAGAGACCUCACCCAACACACAGAACUGUUUUACAUUGAUCUUCCCAAGGGAGAAGGCGAUUACUGGGCCAGCAAAUUGGCGAAUCAGUCGGCAAAGGCAUUUACUGAGGGAAGGUAUGCUUCGUAUCCGGGUUGGAAGGACGCCUCCUCUUGGUUUCUCAUGGCGACGGAUUUUGUGAAGGCUACGAAGGGUGCUGGGGCGAGCGUUACCGUUCGAGAUAUUUCGAGUGGCCAUACGCCUAUAUUGAGCAGGCCGAAGGAAACAGUGGACUUCAUACUGGAGGCAUUGGCGGCUUUUUUAGAAUCUUUGCAGGAAACCAAUUAG